AUGGCCGUCGAGCAACAGUCUGCCACUCGGCCACCGGCCUUGCCUACUUGCAUUCUGCGUGGCCAUGCCUCACAGAUACACUGCGUUCAAUUCGUGCGCCAGAACAGCUGCUUAUUGACGGGUGAUGCAGACGGCUAUGUUGUAUACUGGGACCUCAGUACCUCGCGAGCACUCGAGGCGUGGAAAGCCCAUGAUGGCCCCAUUCUAGGCGUGGCUCAAUGGGGUCACGGGAGGAUGAUAACUGCACAUCUUGCAGCGCGAGAUGACGGGAUCCUAGUAGCCGUCCCAGGCAGAGACGACACAACGAUAGAAGUAUAUCAAUUCCCUGACGAGCGGCUCAAGAUCCUCAUUCCUCGAGUGCAAGUUACAGCCACAGGAAUGGCCAUGGCUGUAAAGCUCGUCCGCCAUUCACAUUCACAGGAUAUUCUACUUCUCGCCGGGUACGAAGGUGGCGUCACAGCCGUUUUCAGACUUCCAGGAAAUUGUACUGGCCCUGGUAUAGAGAGUGCCGAGCUCGUAUAUCUCAGCCAGCCCCACAGCCAGCCUAUCCUGUCACUAGACGCCUCGUCAGACGGCAGCUCCUAUUUCACAUCUUCAGCAGAUGCAGUGAUAGCCAAGCAUCUUGUACCAAUGCUACCCAAAAUCAGCAAAGGGCAGGAUUCGUUAGAUUCUCGACAAAAUACCGGUAGCGAUCCGCCACUUAUCCCCCAAGCGCUGCCAUCUUUCUUGAGUGAGCAAGAUGCCGUAAAUUCCUCCCUGUCGACUGCAUCGCAAGACACAGGGAUGCAAUACGAAACACACGAAGAGGACUUGUCUGCCCAUUUUGCAAAGCAUUCUAUUAACAAAGCAAGAAAAGAGGACUCUAAGCCAAGUGGGCUAUCCUCCAUGCUCUCGUCCGACCAGCAAUCCCGAGCCAAAAGUACUAUGCCAUGCCAGCCAAUAACCGUACAAGCGCCGUACAAAAUAGUCAAUACCAAACAUGCCGGUCAGCAAUCUCUCCGUGUGCGCUCAGAUGGCCGACUCAUUGUCACCGGUGGUUGGGAUGCCCGUAUUCGAAUCUACAGCAGCAAAACACUCAAGGAGGUGGCAGUAUUGAAAUGGCAUAAGCAAGGUGUCUACGCAGUGGCCUUUUCCCAGAUCUUGACAGAGGAAGAUUUUAGAAAACAAGACUAUGUCAGAGUGUUUGGAGGACAGGCGGAACCGCGAGAAACACAAGUGAAGCUGAAGCAUUGGGUUGCUGCGGGAGCUAAAGAUGGGAAGAUCAGUCUGUGGGAGAUGUACUGA